GUUGUCUCGAAAGAUGACGAUGAGCAACGUAAUAGUGGAGGUAUGGAGUAGUAUAUAGAAUACUGUCGUGCUGGUGCUAAAGCUCUGAGCGACUUGAGUUAGAGCGAUUCAACCUAUACACAGCUCGUAUUCCCACCAGUAUUGAGUUAACUCAGGUUCAACUACUACCAUUUCGAACCCGUUCAAACAUCGUCCACCAUCUCCAAGCCAAACAAAAUGAAGCCUACAACCCCCUUCUUCCUCCUCGCAGGCCUUACCUCCACCAUCGCGACCCCCGUCUCCAUGGCAGCAGCCGAAACCUGGACCCUAGUCAACCUCACCCGCACCUGCGACGAAGCAGACACCCAAUGUGACUGGACCUUCAGCAUCAACGCGUCUCCUCCUGACGACACAGCCGUACCCUGCGACUACACCGUAGUCGCCUCGGGCGAUACACCCGCGAGCCAGGCUAACGGCGGGCCGACGACCUGCGGCGCGUACAAUCUGACUUCGGGAUGGAGCGGGCAGUUUGGGCCGGACGCCGGCUUCACGACACUGUCGGUUGUAGAUUAUGCGCGGAAGCUGAUUGCGUAUGCAGGCUAUACGGAUGCGCAGCUUGCGAAGGGGGUGACGGUGGAGCCUGAUCAGAGUUACCCUGUUCAGAACUUACCGUAAAUGGAAAUGAGAAAAAGGGAUGGAAGGGAAGCAGAGGGGUGGUCGCAUCGUUGUAGCUUCAGAUCUGACGUUAUAAAGACCGAUAAAGGGGGUAAUAUCCUGACACAAACACGAUAUAUCGUAUCAACAAAACCCAAUAAUAUUCAGGUGAUACGAGACGACAAGAGUCCAGCGUCACUAAAAUUUACUGAUG